CGGGGGGUGGGGCGCCAGCCAGGAGAGGGGGCCUGGUGGGCCAGGAAUGGGGCCCCUGCGCACGGCGCUGGUCCUUCUGGGGCCGCUCUGGGCCCUGCGAGCAGCCGCAGGCCUCGCCGUGCUUCAGGAGCCCCGCUUGCUGCAGGUGCGGCAGGAGAGCGAGGUGACCUUGACCUGCCAGGUGGUGCAGGCCCAGGCCUGGGAGCGACUCCGCGUGGAGUGGCUCAAGGAUGACGCCAGCCUGUGCCAGUCAUUCAUCUCCAACAGCAGCCUCAGCCUGGGGGGCUGCGGGCCCCGGGGAUGGCUCUCCUGGUGGCCGCCUGGCACUGUCACCCUGCGGCUGGCCAGCGUGAGCCUCAACGACAGCGGGCGCUACGUGUGCUGGGCGGCCACGGAGAUCCCAGAGCUGGAGGAGGCUGAGGGCAGCGGAACGCAGCUCCUGGUGGACACAGAUGACGGGCCACAGAAGCCGAUCCCCAGCAUCACAGGACGACACUUGGCGCUGCUGGUGGCGGGGAGCGCGGCCCUGGUCGUGACCGCGAUCGCGCUGGGCGCCUGGAUCUGGGGCCGCCGCCGCUGCGGGCACAAGGACGCAGGGAAUCAGCUGUACGGCAACGUCCUCUACCGGCCCCGGGGGGCCCCAAAGAGGACCGAGGCAUCGCCGGCGGAGGGGAAGGUGCUGGACACCCCCAGGGAGGCCCGGAAGGCUCAGAGCGUCUAUUCCGUCUCUUUCCCUCGGCCCCCCACCCCCCAGCGGCGUCUGGCCCCCAAAUCUUGCCCCAGCCCCAGGCCCACUCAUCUCGUCUCUACGGUCAGAGUCCCCCCUGACCUAGGUCCCUUUGGGCAACGAAGUCCAAGAGGGUUCCUUGAAGUGGGAAGAGGAACCGGAGCCCCCGGAGCCCCAGAGAGGACCCCAGUGGCCAGGUGAAGAUGUGACUGAUUCCAAGGGGGUCCGGGAGGCCAGCGGUCCUUGCUGGGACCCCCCCGCCCCCGUCCUCAUCUCUGUGACGCUGGACCUCUCCUUGCCCCAGAACACUCAGUAAAGGCGCGCGAAGAAAGCAAAGCCAGAUUUUGUGGCGAUUUGGGGGUGCUACAGAGAUUUGGGGGGCCAUCUGGGGGUGCCAGGGCCCCCAGGGAUGGCUGGAGAGCUCCACUGUGGCGAAGGGGCUCUGUGACGACUCGCCAGCGCCCCCCUCUGAUGCUCGGAGAGACACGUCCGAUUAGCAGAGAAUGGAUGGAUGCCCGCAGCCUCCAAACAGAGCCCGGAGCUGGAGGCAGCCCCUCCCCAGCUGGCGUGUCCCCGCACCCCCCACGCAGACACGCUUGGAGGUGGGGGGUGAGGGGGGGGACAUCGGGGCUCCCUGGCAUUUAUCAGCCCCCUGGGUCUCCUGCCCGACUGUCACCUUGAAGUGACACCAGCCGGGCCCGGCUCCCCUCCCCCACUGCUCUGUUACCAUGGGGACAGAUGUCCUUUCUGCAGCGGCGUCAGGCCGCGCUGCCCGCCCCGAUGGGGGGGAGGGGCCGCGUGGGGGCGGGGCUGGCCCGGGAGCCUCGCCCCUCAGUUUCUCCAUCAUUUGUAGCUGCCGGUCUCCGCUGUGUCCGGGUUUUCAUCAGCCUCCAUACCUCUCUCUCCCUGCCCCUCUCCAGCUCUCUGAGUUUUUGGUCCCUCCCUGUGAGCAGCUCAGCCUCCCACGCCGGCUCUGUCCCCAAU